GUAACUUCUCCAUGCAAUACUUUCAUUCAGUUGCAUUUCAAAAGUCACUCGAGAAUAAAGUAUUACAAAAAGUAAUUUAAAAUACCAAACUGAAUUUAAAAUCUCUCUAAUAAAAAUUUCUGACAAGCACCAGGGCAAACAUACAUACACCUGCGAAAUUUGGUAAGCCGAAUUGUAUGAAUAUUGUUCAACUCAUUUCUAUUGAAGUCGGUCAAAAACAGUGAAAAUGGAUCCAGCCCAAGCUUUAGAGGCUUCGGAACUGGCGCGUCACCGCGUGAUCAACGACACAAUCGCCCGCGGAGACUCGCGCAUACAGCGGUUCUACUCCGGCGCAGUCAUCUUUAUCACCGGCGGCUCCGGAUUCUUGGGGAAGCAACUCAUUGAGAAACUAUUCAGAGCGUGUGAAAUAAAGAAAAUUUUUAUAUUGCUGAGAUCUAAAAAGCAAAAGACUUCUCAAGAAAGACUGGAUGAAUUAUUCAAAGAUCCAAUUUACGAACAUGUUCAUAAAGUACGGCCAAAUUUUAAAGAACAAAUUGUACCAGUAGACGGCGAUGUUAUGGAAAAGAGACUAGGAAUCAAUGAUGAAGACUGGAAAAUGAUCACUGAAGAGGUGGACAUAAUUUACCAUGGAGCUGCCACAACAAACUUCACAGAUCCUUUGAAGAAGGCCACAUUGACCAAUGUGCACGGAACACAGCAAAUGUUGCACUUAGGAAAAGCCUGUAAAAAAUUGAGGUGUUUCGUGUACAUAUCUACGGCUUACACACCAGCUACUCCCGAACGUGCCAGGAAACCAGUUCUUGAGAAGUUCUAUGAUAGUCCGAUGUCACCAGAUACACUGAUCCAGAUGGCUGAGACUGUGUCUGAAGAAACCAUGAAUGCCAUUACUCCAAUGUUUAUUAAACCAUGGCCCAACACAUAUACAUUUACAAAAGCUAUUGCAGAGGAUGUCGUUCGAUCUGUAGGAGCUGAUCUGCCCAUAUGUAUCGUGCGACCUGCCAUUGUAAUAUGUGCAUUACGAGAACCGAUACCUGGGUGGAUCGACAAGAGCAGCGUAUACGGGCCGAGUGGGUACGUAGUGGGUGGAGGUUUGGGGGUACUACAUGUGAUGUAUGCGGACAAAGAAAUAUGUCAGGACCUGGUUCCUGUGGACUUGGUGAACAACGCGAUCAUAUCCGCAGCACACGACACCGUGGUGAGGAGGGAGAGAGGCGACACUGAUAUCAGGAUAUACACAGUCACUAGCAGCAGAAACCCGAUAAAAUUACGUAAAGUAAUAGAAGAGAUAUACUCGGCAGGAAUGCAACAGCCAACGCCUUUCUGUAUUUGGUACGCUUUUGUUCGCGUGACCACAAAUAGACUGUGGUGGUACAUCCUUGCGUGGCUGCUACAUUAUAUUCCUGGAUACUUAGUCGAUGGAGUUUUAAAACUGCUUGGAAAAAAACCCUUGUUAAUGAAAGUGUACCAGAAAGUUGACAAACUCGCUGCCGCACUUGAAUACUUUGUGACACAAGAAUGGUUCUUCCAAGACACCAACACUCGUGAAAUGUUCUGGAACCAGUCUCCAGAAGACAGGACCAUAUUUAACUGCAACAUGGCAUCUCUGGAGUGGGUGUCGUACUUAAGUUUAUGGUGUUUGGGAUGUCGGAAGUACAUCGUGAACGACGGCCUGACAGGCACGCUAGCGGGAAGAAGAAAACAAUUUUGCUUCAAGAUUGCCCAUUACUCCAUCAUAAUGUUGUUUCUAUACUUAAUAUUUAAAUUAUGUUCUGCUUUUUACGGUAUUGUAAUAAGGUAAUUGUUUUUUUAAAGAGUUUCUGUUAAAUCUCACUAAUAUAAAUAUGUACUUAAAUACUAUACGGUUGUGAGACCCAGAUGCCUUUUAAAAUCCAAAUCCCAAUUAUUAAUCAGAUAUCUAUUGAGUCGGGAAGUCCGGAUCUUAUAGGCUACAGGUUAUAGGUGAAUGUGUACGCUUAUAAGUGGUUGAAUUGAUAAUUAAUAAAGUAAAUGCAAUUUCA